AUGGUAUUGGCCGUGAAGGGCACAUCUCCGCCGCAGCAUCAAGUGUUCAUAAGUUUCCGAGGCAGCGAUGUUCGCCAUAACUUCUUUAGCUUCCUCAAAGACGCGUUGAUAAAGAACGGUAUCAACGUGGUAACGGACGAGGAUGCACCUAGAGGAAAACCCAUCAAUGAUGAUCUUUUGAAGCUUCUAAGAGAUUCGAGGAUCACUGUUGUGAUAUUUUCCAAGAAUUAUCCGGAGUCUACUUGGUGCUUGGACGAGUUGGUGGAGAUCGAGAAACAAAUGGAUCUUAAGAGCUUGAUUCCUGUCCUAUCUUCUUCGAAGUUGAGACUUGUCAUGUUAAGCUUCAAGCAGGACUACAAAGUAUUUUCGACUACAAUCUACUGCGGUUGGAGAACGAAGAAAGGAAAAAAGCUAGGCAGAUCAGUAAGAAAGCUUGGGAAGAUGCAGAGGAUAGGUUCGACGGAUGGAGGAGAGCUUUGA